AUGACAAUAGAUUCGAAAUCAAAGGAAGAGAAUACUGAGAAUCAUCCGAAACCUGGAUUAAAAUGGCAUUUGGUUCUCUUGGUACGUACACUUGUUGUAUUAAGAAGGAUUCUUUUAUAUCUGUUGUGAGAGAAAUCACGGUAUGUAUGGCUAUAAACAAUGUACAAAAACUAAAUCAGUUGACUAAACAAAAUUUGGUUUUCUCUUGUACUUUCCUGUACGGUGAGUCAAGCUGGACGUCAUUUCAGGCUUUUGCAAGAAAAUUUUAAUUUCGCUGUCGAAAUGUUUCGCUUAAUUUAUUUUGAAUUGUGAGCGGUCAAGUAGAACCAUUGAGAAGAACUGAUUUAUUCGGGUGGUCAUAAUUCAAAAGAAAUCAACCGAAAUAUUCCUCUGUAAGUUGAAAUCCUCCCUUGCAUGCAUUGCGCAUGCCCUGACUAACUGACGUGGCAAUUUCCUGUGGCUCUACUUAUUAAACUAAUUUGCUGUGAGGGAGGAUAAAUUGGAUAAAUGCGAUAUUGUACAUCUGGCAAGUACGUUGCAUCAAAUGGAAAAACUGUCCAGCUCGUAUUAAGUUAAUAGUUAAUUGGUUUGUAAAAUAUUGUACAACAUUUUAACAGGUCGAACUUCGUGCAUGCGUUUUAACAUGCGCGACCUGGCGUUUGCGUUUUUAAAAUAUAUGCUGACUUUGGUAUUACAUGACUCGUGAGUAUUCUAUCGAGUAUACUGCACUGAAAAACUAGAGCUUGGCAAUAAUUAUAAAUAUUAUUCUGAUAUAGGCGUUUCCAGAGCAUCUGUUCAAUAUUUUCGAUACAAAAAGACAAGGUUAUCUAAGUAUCCAGGAACUCAUUGGAGGAUUUGCUUUGUUAAGAAGGUAUAUAAAUAUUUUAGAACAGUGAUGAGGAUAAUAAAAUGGAUUGCAAGAAUCUCUGGAAUAUAUCGUGUAAGGAACAGGUCAUGUGAUGUGCAUCUCAGAGAUAUUUGAGACAUAGCCGAAAAAGAUAUAUCAUUAUAUUAAUCCUUGGGUGAAGAUUGAGAAACUAUUAGUUCGGAGUCUGUAAAUAUGAUAAAGAUUCUUGUGUUAUUUAUGAAAAGAGGUGCGAGGUGUUGAGGGGUGUUACAAUCAUCCAACUGCAUGGUUGACUGAUCAUGGUUGAGAUCGUGGGACAAAACAGAAGUGACUAUGAAAACAUUGUACAUUAAAUAUUGUACAUUAAAUUUUGGAGUUAUAAUGAACCUACAAACAAUUCUAUUCUGUGUGCCAUAAUGCCAUUGAUAUCUUUAAAAAUUUUUAUAUUGUUAUUUAACUUUAUUGUAGAAAUAUUUCUGACUAUAAUAUGUUCAGUUCGACUUUUCAUUUCAGAGACAAAAAUCGAAAAUGUACUGAUUGCUUUAAAAAAUAUUUUGAAAAGAUUUGCGAAGAUGAAAACAUCGUUACCUUUCAUUAAUUCCCCAAGGCAUUUGAUGAUAAUGUGGUACGUGAAUGCUCGCGUAUGCUUUUGCUGUAACGGAUAAAUCUAUCCCGCAAACCUGUGGAUCCAGUACAGUAAAGUCCCGUAUAAAAGAAUCAAUGUAUGGUUAAGAACCACCAGCCUGAAAUUUGGACAAUUAAGCACACAAAUACAAGAACCACUUCAGGCUGACAAAUGAAACUGUGGUUUUAAAAAAACCUUAUUAUUAAAUUUUUAGCUGAAUUAGUAAGCUGCAUGCAGUUAUAUAUAGGAGAAAUUAAGAGUCUUUAACUUUUUUUUAUUUUAAUAAGAACCCUGACCCUGUGGAAUCACCAGCAAAAAUUUUGUAGUCUUUUAAUAUCUUUUCUAAACACCCUGCAGCCAUUUGAGUAAAUGCAUUUUCUAAGAAAUAAAACUCGUAAAUCAUCACUGGGGAGAUGUGGAAACACGUUGAUUUCAUGUUAUAAAAUGUCAACUUACUAAUGUCUGCAUGUGAUGAAUAUUAAUCCGAUUAAACAAAAGCUCAGCUACUUAAUAUUGCCCUCGUCUCUUUUGCACCUUCUUUUUGGUCAUUUUGUGGAUCUUUGAACAAUUAUAAUUAUGGCUUUUUGUUUCACUCCUGCUCCGAUUUUACACAAUUAGGUGCAUGCAUGCAUGAAUAUAUAUUUGAAUGAUAAGUUCAUGUUUGCAUGUAUAGCGUUAUUACAAUAUCUUUGUGUGUUCCACAAACCAUCCUUUUUUUCUUCUCCAGUUUUUGAAAAGACUUUUCAAACUUUUUGAUUUGAAUGGUGAUGGAGAAAUCCAAAUGAAAGAAUUCGUUGCAGUUUUAGACCGUCUAGAAUGGUACGAAAUACCAACAAAUUCUGAUUGUACAUGCAUGGUACUUCUUUUUUUGGUAAAAUGUUCUAGUGGAUAUAGAUAGGACAAUCGACUAGCUCGUCAAUUCGUACAAGUCGACAAGUUGUUUUACGAGUCGUAAAAUUAACUAUAAAUGUCAUGUUGUAACAAAAGUGGUUGUAUAUAGAGUCAGUUUUAUCGAAAAGAUAAUGUGCAUAGAAAUCAUCUUUCUAAGAACGAGACACAAAUACUGAUCGCUUUUGUUGUAGGAAACCAAAUAACCAAUGACAAAACAAUGUUCUUACAGUAGCCUAUAUAUGGCAGGUAUUUAGUGGGUUUUCACAAGGCGAAAUUAGUUUGCAAAGCAUAUUAUUAUAAGAAAAACGACGUUAUAGUGUGAGACAUAACUGAAAGCAUGCAUAAACAUUGCCAUGUAUCUUAUACCAUAUAUCUUAUAUACCAUGUCUUAUACCAUAUAUCUUAUACCAUAUAUCUUAUACCAUUUAGUCGGCAAUACAGAGUUCAAUUACAAAUUUUCAGGAAAGAUAGGGCAGCAAACCGUAUUCAAACAAUCAAUUGAUUCUCUUUCCUUAUAGCUAGAUUCAGAUUUGCUAUCGAGUUUUUAGGCCACACUCAUUAACCGCGAUAAUACAUGCAUGUAUUAGUUGAAACCAUAUUAUUGAUAUAUAGUGUCAGAAUUUUGCUUAAAUCCAACAGACAUUUAUGAGUCUGUGAUGUAAAUGAACCACUCACACGAAUCGACAAAUCGUUUCUAUAGCUAUAGAGUCAAUGAAAUUGACUUGUCCAUUGUCAUGCAUGUUUAACUAAAAUUCCUUACCAUAAAUUUUCUUUAUUUUUAUCAGUGCAUCCGUAGAUACGAAAUGGUAUUUCUGGAUACAAGAAAUCUUUGAUGUGGAUUCACAAGAUGACAGAAACAUAACAUUCGAGCAAUUUAGGAAAACCCUGCAUUUAAAGGAGGUAAGAGCUGCUUUCUUAUAUAUAACCGAGCUCAUGCAAGCUUCAGUCUUGUUGGCGAAUAUGAUAUACCAUAAUUAAAGCGUGUUUAGGCGGUCAUCAUAUAAUGUAACCUUGAUUAAGCCGAGUUACGAUCCCAAAAUAGGUAUGACGGCGCGAAUGUUGUAAAUGACUUUUGAAAAGUCUUGAUCAGAAUAUUCGCAGUAUUCUUCAACAAUUUAAAAUAAAUAGUGAAAGUUUAUGUAAAUCAGCAUGAUUUUGUAUCGGAUAUACGAAUUUCUUCACGGUCAUGAUUUUCAACCAAAUUUAUAUGUCCAAUUUUCUGUGAUUCUUAACAAGACAUGGUUUUGCAUCUGUGCCCUUUCAUUGUUCCCCUUUUAUUUUUUCAUUCUAAGAAUUUUUGUCUUAUUUUAGUCUUUCUUUGCCAAACGAUUCUACGCCAUAUUCGACACGAAUGGCGACAGUUCAAUAAACAUGAAAGAGCUUGUUAGUGGCUUGACGAUGUUAGUCCAAGGAACAGAACGUGAAACACUAAAAUUUCUUUUUGACGUUUAUGAUAUUGAUGGUAUGUGAUAUAUUUCAUGACUUCAUAACGAACCAAUUCGACUGAUACAGAAUAGAAUAAUAGAGAGGUUUCCCCCUACAAAAUUAAUUUGCUCUCCAUGAAUUCAGCACCAAAAAUUCUUCACCAUGCACGACAAAUUUCUGGCGAGAAAGUCCAAAAUACUGUACUGCAUGAGGAGGUAUAUCUGCAAGUCUCUUACUGCAUGAGCCAAAUUAUUCAUCAAUGGUGCAGGCCCAUGCAUGCAUGCAUGCAUGCGAGUGCAUGCACAAAGCCUCAAAUAGCGUUUUGUCUGAUUACAGUCCAAUUUAGUAGUACUUCAAUUCACUUCACUUCGUUUCAAUUGAAAACAAACAUUGUACACUAUCCUUACCAACUUACAAAAAACUUAUUGUCGACUUUGUGUGUCUUAAAUAAGGGAAUGGCGAGUUAAAUAUGAAUGAAGUUCGCACAAUACUGGAAUGCUGCGUUGAAGAAAGUGACAUAAACUUUGAUGCAGCUCAGAUUGAAGAUCUUGUAGACGUUUUGAAGAGUUUGAAAUGCUUUUAA